GGGAAGGGUAACGUGCGAGAAGCCACGUCCAGUGCUGCAAGGAUGACCGCUCAGCGAGUAUUCCCACUUUCCUGCGUGGUGCAGCAGUAUGCCUGGGGGAAGAUGGGUUCCAACAGUGAAGUGGCUCGGCUGCUGGCCAGCAGUGACCCACUGGCCCGAAUCUCAGAGGAUAAGCCAUAUGCAGAGCUGUGGAUGGGGACCCACCCCCGGGGAGAUGCCAAGAUUCUUGACAAUAGCAUCUCACAGAAGACCUUAGGCCAGUGGAUCGCUGAGAACCAGGACUGCUUGGGCUCAAAGGUCAAGGACAGCUUUAAUGGCACGUUGCCCUUCCUCUUCAAAGUGCUCUCAGUUGGAACAGCCCUCUCCAUCCAGGCACACCCUAACAAGGAGCUGGCAGAGAAGCUGCACCUCCAGGCUCCACAGCACUACCCUGAUGCCAACCAUAAGCCAGAAAUGGCCAUUGCCCUCACUUCCUUUCAGGGCUUAUGUGGCUUCCGGCCAGUUGAGGAAAUUGUGACUUUUCUGACAAAAGUGCCUGAGUUCCAGUUCCUAAUUGGAGAUGAUGCGACAACACAGCUGAAGCAGAGCCUGAGCCAGAACUCCCAGGCUGUGUCCUCUGCUCUGCAGAGCUGUUUCUCUCACCUAAUGAAAAGUGAGAAGAAGGUGGUGGUGGAACAGCUGAACCUCUUGGUGAAGCGUAUCUCCCAGCAAGUGGCAGUUGGUAACAAUGUGGAAGACAUCUGUGGGGAGCUUCUGCUGCAGCUGCACCAGCAAUAUCCAGGUGAUAUUGGAUGCUUUGCCAUAUACUUCCUGAACCUGCUUAUCCUGAAGCCAGGGGAAGCCAUGUUUCUGGAGGCCAAUGUACCCCACGCCUACCUGGAAGGAGACUGCGUGGAAUGCAUGGCGUGUUCAGAUAACACAGUACGUGCUGGCCUGACACCCAAGUUUAUCGAUGUGCCAACUCUGUGUGAAAUGCUCAGCUAUACCCCCAGCCCCAGCAAGGACAGGCUCUUUCCUCCAACACGGAGUCAGGAAGACCCCUACCUUUCUAUCUAUGACCCCCCUGUGCCAGACUUCACUGUUAUGAAGAUAGAGGUCCCGGGCUCAGUCACUGAGUAUAAGAUCUUGGCACUGGACUCCGCCAGCAUCCUCCUGAUGGUGCGGGGUAUGGUGACAGCCAGCACUCCCACAGCCCAAGCAGUAACCCCCCUGCAGCGUGGUGGGGUACUCUUCAUUGGGGCCAAUGAGAGUGUCUCACUGAAGCUCACUAUGCCCGAGGAUCUGCUGAUAUUCCGUGCCUGCUGUCUGCUGUAGAGGCUGUCUCCAUACUGGCUCUCCUUCCUAGUAACCUGAAAUCCUGACCAGCCUUUCCUCCUUAGGCCCAGCCCAAACUCACCCCUGCUCUAAACUCUGAGGUAGUGACUCCUGAGCAGGCCUAGGCUGAACCAUCUUCCUAGGAGGGGGGGGACCCAUGUGAGGGUUAAGAACCAACACUCCACUUAUAUUCUCACACCUGAACCAGACUCCACACAGGAGAGCAGCUGUUUUCACUACAGUGUUAGGCUGGUAAAAAUCUAUGAUAAGACUCAGGUAGAGCAAAAGGGUAGGUAACCAAUUUCUUUAUUGAUUUGAGAGAGAAACAUUGAUUUGUUGUUCCAUUUAUUUAUGCGUUCAGUGGCUGAUUCUUGUGUGUAUCCUGACCGGGGAUCAAACCUGCAUCCUUGAUUUAUCAGGACAAUGCUCUAACCAACCUAUACCCAGGCAGGACCUUACGUAACUGAUUUCUAGGAACAGGGUUCUGGCCUUGGGACUGCCCAUUUCCUCAGCAGCUGAGAGGAAGUGAAAAGGGAGGCUGGUGGGCCAGUGUUGCUCCUCAUCACCCUCUUGCUUUGUCAAAGCAAUUGAAGAUCUUGUGUUGAGGCUGUGGGGUAAGAGGCACUGAGCCUUUGGCUGUCUAGUCCCUGAAAUGGGUAGGCCAGACUUCAGAGCCCUUUUGUAGGAAGGGGUGGGAGCAGAGGCCAGCUACAAUCUCCGAUGUAGAGAGCUUGCAGGCAGGCACUGGGCCCUCCAGAUCUGCAGAAAGGAAAGUGGGUCUAAAGAGCAAGAUUCUCCUGGGUUAGAAAAGGCCUUUGGGCAAGGAACAGCACCUAAGGCCAGCAGGCUGGGUUUGGCCACACCUACUAUUUACAUAACUGCCUUUCCUGCUCUCAGGUUACAAAGUUGUGUAGAUGGUGCCAGACUGGCCCUUCACAGACGAAGUUUGCCAGCCACUUCUCCAGAACACAUUCAGUCAUUGUAGAUACAGCGACAUGACAAUUCAUCUUGUGAAGGGUAACUUUUUCUAAACUGGCAGGAAGUACCUAGGAGAGCAUAUACUCUCCCUGAGCCUACCCUCUCAGAUGUGACAUACUUCUUCAGGAGGUUACAGAGCUGUUUCACCACUUAAGAUUCUGAUCAACAGUCUUAGAUCUUACCACCCCAGACUAAGCAGGGGCCCAGGCUAUUGGUUCCUUCUUGGGGGGUGGUAAGGGUUUAGAUUCUCACAAAACUGAAUUCUAGGAAACUACAUUCAAAGAAAGUCCUGGCCCUGGCUGGUGUGGCGCAGUGGCCUACGAAACAGGGUUGCCAGUUCGUCUCCCAGUUAGGCACGUGCCUAGGUUGCAGGCAAGGUCCCCAAUAGGGAAAGUGGGUCUAAGAGGCAAUCACACAUUGGUGUUUCUCUCCCUCCCUUACCCUAUCUAAAAAUAAUAAAAUCUUUAAAAAAGAAAAAA